AUGCUCGAGCCCCCACACACCGCACACGCGGAAGUCAACCUGGAGAAGUUGGAGCAACUCGUGGCGAACAUCAACACGAAGUAUGCCGCACUGCAGCGGCAGGCGUUGCACAGUUCGAAUAGUCAUCCCACGUUUUUUAACGGCCUCACGGCGGAAUACGUGAAUUCCGAGACGAAAAUGUCGUUUCAGUCUGGCAGUCCAAGCGAAAACGGCCAUGCUUCUGUCCCUGUGGAUCCAUUGCCUCCACUCACCCCAUUUUGCAGGCCGCAUUGGCCAACCUACUGGAACGAGCGGGAACUGCAUGUUGCGGCAUCCGAACUAUGCCAAUGCCUGAACGGCGGUGUCAACUACCGCGCAAUGUGCAUACAAUACCAGACAAUUUUUGAACUUCUCCUGACGAUGCUAAGGGAAGAUAUUCGGUUGGUGCGUGGCAUGGAGUUUCUUCCAAGUGGAACGCUGGAGAGAUCAUACAAAGUCCUUUCCGAGCUUAUCAAUGAAUCCAGGCAACUCCUAACACAGUACGGUCUUAUUCCAGGUUCCUCCAUACGAGUGAUGGAAGAAGUGGAAAAUAAAAGUUCAAGCGAAGUGGGGGAAAUGCCCAAUCCGGAUUACGCACUACCCGUUGCGCUUGCAUGCAGUGACUCCUAUAACAACAGUACCAACAACAACAAUUUUAUUCAUCAAAUUAGGUCGUCGGACAAGAGCGGCUAUGGAAGAGGGCAUGGAACCAAGCAUGAGACACGCGUCACGAUCAGCGACCCUUUAGAAGAUUCAUUGAGGGAAACGGCAUACACACCGCUGCAUCUAUGCUCUUCCCCAGGAAAACCUGUGGUGGAUGACAGUUACGAUGUCGACACCCCCAUGUUGCCAGUAGAGGAAGAAAACGCAGCAACUGAAAGUCAGGGCGUUCAAGGUGCCAAAUUCGGGGGUUAUUAUGGGGGGGCUAGAACGAACUUGGACCCCGCCAAUCAGUCACGUUAUCAAUCGAUGGAAGAACUUUACAAGGAACUGUAUCCCAAUGAGGGAAUGGAGAUGUUGGUUGCAAUGACGCGAAUGGUCUUUUUAAAAGAGUAUCACAAUGUUGUAGCAAGAUCGCGAGAUGAGGCCUUUUUAACCUUUAGGAAGCAUCUGGACGAACACCUGUUACCGUGUAUUCAAAGCUAUGAGGCACUUGUUUUCCCCCCGGCAAUGCAGUCCUCACUGCGUUCCGAGUAUGUAGUGAAUUGUUUGCAGCAACGUAUUAGACCCAAUGAACGACUGCUGGACGUCUUGUCUCGCGUUGGACCUGAGCGUGAUCUUUCAUCGAUGGCUCUUGCAAGCAUGAAUUUGAAUGAUGUAGAUAUGAAACCAUUUGUUUUAGUGCUACCGAGAUUAUGUUUUCUUCGCUUCUUGGAUAUAAGCCACAAUGACAUUCAUGACGAUGGCGUUCGCGAGUUGUGCUCCGUCCUUGAGCGUCACCCAUCGUUGGAGGUGCUUGACCUCUCGGAUAAUCCCUUCACCGAUAUUGGUGGGACGGCGUUGUUGCAACUCGCAGCCACCACAACGCAAUUGAAGGCGGUAGGCCAGCAGGGCGUGGCAUUCAGCGCACAUAUCCGUGAAGCAAUUAGUCGACAACUACAAAAGAACCGCAGUGCGUGCGACUCCGCAUUGGGACCUGCGCAUAUUUCUCACCUAUCUAGUAUUUCUAACACCCAUGAGCCGUGCAAACCUGCCUUCACUGGACGAUUGGCGCCCCUGACGGCGUUGGACGGAACACGGUGUGUGCCGGCAAGGAGACGCUCGAACUUAGGCGUGAUACCAGGCCCAGGAACAGACUCAAUGGUUUCCCGUAGUUUAGGCAUGUUGCGUCGAGUGCGUCUGCCGUACCUGACGGCAUUGCGUGGCGGCCCCUCAACCGGCGGAAUACGUGAGAGUAAUAGCAGCCCCCGCUGA